CUUUAUUUCAAUUCAUUAGUAUACUAAGGAUUUACAGCAAAUUCUCGAUAGAUAUAAACAUAGCUUUUUCUGCAAGGUUUUCAAUAAAGCACACAUUGAAUUUUCAAACGUUGUAUUUAUUUAUUUAUGUUUCUUGUCAUUUUGGGUAAUUUUGACAUUGCUGAUAUUUGCAUUUCCCAUAUAUGUUUACAUUAUGAGAAAGGAUUUUGCCCUCUGCGUCAUUGUGUGAUCAUAUACUAGGAUUAGUUUUGGAUUUUCAAAUCGACUAGAAACUUCAUAAGAGCACCCUCUCAGGUACAUUUUGAACUAUCUAAUUGAAGCAUUUUUCCUACUUUUGCUAUAACUUUUUAAAUUUGACUAGGAUUGAAAAUCCGUGGUUUCACUUGAGAGUAAUAUUUCCACAUAUACUUCAUUUUGUACAAAUCGUUUGAAUUAUAAAAUAAUCCAUCCUUUUGACAUUCAGAACAGAUUCUUUACCGUUUCAGAUUUCGAUUAACCGUCUAUUGUCAAUUUAAAUUGUUUUAAUCGAUAUUGGGUUUUGCCUGAGAGUAAGAGAGAAUGCUAAAAAAAUGAGCUUAGAACAAUGUUACAAUGGAACUCAAACAUUCGCAAAGGUAGCAUUGCAUAAGCAAAAGUCUUCAGAUUAUGUAGACGCCAUUGUUAUGUUUGAGAAAGCCAAACAAAAUAUACUCGACAAUCCCAGUUUUCAAUUUUGCAAAGAUACUAUCGACGAUCUGAAUCCAGAAGAACGACAGUACACAGAGGCCCUUGUUUGCAUGUUGGAGCAGAUUUCUACUCAAGUUGACCAACUAAGAAAUGAAGUUGUACUACAAGAAGCUGCCUUUCAACAACUUAAAAGUCACCAGCCCGCCAACUAUACAGCAUAUAAAGAAGAAGAAGGAGCGACGAAGCAUCUUUCCAGAGGAAGUCGGGAGAGACAACGUUCGGCCACAGGGACCAUGCAGAGCAAUGCUAGUUCCUCUAGCCAAGUUACCCCAGUUGGCCCAACAUGCCGUACAUCAUUGCGCCCAGCUAUAGUGGAUACAGAAGGAAAUAGCCCACCGAAGCCCUCAAAAUCUUCCAAGAUUAAAAACGUCAUUUUUGGAAAUAAAUUUCUUUCAUCGCCCAAACCCUCCAAACCCAUCAACCCUCCAUCGGAAGAGUCACGCCUGAAGAAUGCAAAUAAAGCCGCAUUACUUGCUUGGGGAUUACUUUCUCCUACAAAAAAAGCAGAUCAUCCGCUGCCGGCUUCUUAUAUUGCUUCCAGUGCUGCAUAUAAGCCCCAUAAUCAUCAGACUGAUGGUUAUACUUAUCCUAAAACCCGAUCGUUUGAAAGUUCUCGUCACCACCAUCAGUCUUCCUACCUUCCUCCCGCCUCCUCAUCUAUUAAUACAAAACAAAAAACUAGUUUGCCAAAGCCUAAUUCAUCAGAGACUACAGAAUCAAUUGCGAUUCCAAAGAGGUAUCAUGGAUCUCCUUCUCCUUCAGGAUCUAGCUCAAAACUACCUGUUCAACCUUCCUCUUCUAGCUCUGCUAUAAAUAUGCCGACAAAAACGGAACCUAAUUCACUUGAAAUCCCUGAAUUUCAGCCAUCGUCUUCUUCUCCUUCUUUUUUGCAUCCGGCUAACUUUAAUAAUCCGUUUUUAAGACACCUGCUAUCUCCCUCAGAGCUCUCACUUUCAUCUGUCAAUGACAGCAUAUCUUCCCAAAGCGUCAAAGAUGGAUGGGAUGUUUCUUCUUCUACAGAAAAAGUUGCAAAUACAAAUAUGGGUCCUUUUCCAGAAACAAAUACUUUAAGAAGCAGAGAAGAGCAAGUACUUCAUGAGUGUCCGGAAAUUGAAGAGGAACUAGGAAGAAACAUCCUAAGAGAAAUUGUAGUAAAAGGCGAUGAAGUACUUUGGGAUGAUAUUGCCGGUUUAAAUGCAGCAAAGGAGUCUUUGAAAGAGGCAGUUGUAUACCCCUUUUUGCGACCAGAUUUAUUUCAGGGUCUUCGUGAACCGGCACGUGGUAUGCUUCUUUUUGGUCCCCCAGGGACAGGGAAGACGAUGUUGGCUCGUGCGGUUGCUACCGAAUCGAAAUCUACCUUUUUUUCGAUAUCGGCGUCAAGUUUGACAUCCAAAUUUUUGGGAGAAUCAGAAAAACUGGUUCGAGCACUUUUUACGUUAGCGAAAAAAUUAUCUCCCAGUAUUAUUUUUGUGGAUGAAAUUGAUUCGUUAUUAUCGGCCAGGAGUGCUGACGGAAAUGAGCAUGAGAGCUCAAGACGAAUCAAAACAGAAUUCUUAAUUCAGUGGUCUUCGCUUGCCAGAGCUGCUGCUUCCAGAGAAUCGGCCGACCAACCCAGAGUUUUAGUCCUCGCGGCUACAAAUUUACCAUGGUCAAUUGAUGAGGCUGCUCGCAGAAGAUUUGUUCGCCGAACCUACAUCCCUUUACCUGACGACAUGGGUCGACGAGUUCAUAUUAAGAACCUUUUGCAACACCAAAAGCAUUGCCUAACCGAUGAAGACAUAGAAGAAGUUAUAAAAGCUACCAAGUUCUAUUCUGGAUCAGAUUUAACAGCAUUAGCCAAAGACGCUGCUAUGGGUCCACUACGAGCGUUGGGAGAGUCCCUGUUAUUUACUAAGAUGGAAUUAAUUCGGCCAAUGAACCUUCAAGAUUUCCAACAAAGUCUAAAAGUCAUAAGGCCUAGUGUGAACUUGGAUGGAUUGGAGCGAUAUGACCGGUGGAAUACAGAAUUUGGGCAGCAAGCAUAAUAUUGAGAAGAGAUGUCAGGACGUCUAGUAAUGCUGCUCCUAUUAAUAACAAGAAUAUCAUUCGCCCAAUAGUUUUAUGUUUCAUGAAACCUGAUAUUUAUGAAUGAGUCGGAAAUCUGGGAAGGACUAAAUUGAUUGUCUUAGUAGGCGAGUUUACCCUUGGCUUAAAGUUAUAUCAAAAUAUAGUCUUUUGACUUCAUUAUGUACAUUUAUGAGUUACUUUUAUUUUUUUUUUGCUUGGAGAAAUGACUGUGUUUUCUUAUGUGUCUAUAAUUAAAAGAUGACGACAGCUUGGAUGUGUGUUGGCGAUAAUUCUUGAUAUUUUCAUCUAUGAUUUUGUCAAGAUGAAAGGAUACGAUUGUUACACUUGCUAUUUAUUUAUAUAUAUGGUUUUCUUUGCUAGUUUUCCAAACGUCUAUAUUAAGUGUGCAGAUCAUAUUAAAGUCGCUUUUACGUUCGAUGCUACUAUGAUCCAUACAUCCUUAAUAUGAUAAUUGUUACCGUAUACUUCAGCUAGUAGAUCGUUGCAGCGAAUAUAUUGAACGAAUAUAAGCUUAUAGAACCGA